GACACGCGAAACCAUGAAAAAAGUAUUUAAAACAAUUUUAUUAAUUUACCUAAACAUCAGUUCGACUAGUUUGAAAUUCGUACAAACAGCCAACAUAGAUGUUAAGAAACCCUGUGAGGACUUCCAUGAAUAUGUGUGCAGCUCAAACAGCGAAAAUGAUGUGGAAAUUUCACUGAAGUUGGAUUUUAAAUUGAAUAGGAAGCUGUUGGGUUACUUAAACAGGGUAAUAGAAAAACGAAAAUCAUCGUACAGUUAUUAUCGUGAGUUGGAUACAUAUUUUGAUAAAAUAAUUACUUACUUUGAGGCUUGCACCAUUAGAAUGCCUUACUUUGGUGACUACUUGUAUAAUUUCAAUAGUUUGAAGGUGAAUCAGAAUUCUGAUAUAUGGCAUUUGUUGGGUAUAAUACAGUCGUAUGGCUUAAAUAAUGUCAUAAUUAAUCAUCACACAACCCGGAAUACGGAUAACAGCUUAAAUAUGAUCCUAACACCGGUAGAUAUUGCCAAAGAUGAGCCUUUAGAUGUCGGCAACAAUAUGUUGCUGGACAUAUUAUAUGCGUUUGGCUAUGAAGAUGAAGAGGCUGUACAAAACUGGUUUACUACCAGUUCAAAAUGGCGAGACGUAGUAAAAAAAUAUAAAACUUCGUUUAACACAACACGAGAAUUUAAUUUAAAAACAUUUAAAUUGAACUAUCCAAAGCUGCAGUUGUAUCUAAAGAACUUACUGGAAACAGAGCUAGAUAAUCUAUCGGUUAUCACGGUGAAAAAUCUGGAUUAUUUUGAGUUUUUAAAUAAAUACGAAUGGACGGUUGAAGAGGAGAAAUAUUUAAUAAUUAUAUUUCUGUACUAUUUGUAUGGGGAUGCUACCAAAGGCUUUGAACCGCUCGAUUGUAUAAAAGAUUUAAGAAAUAAAUUCGAUUUAGGACUAAAUUAUAUAUACUAUCAUGACUUCUUCAAAAGGAGUUCAGUCCCCUACAAGUUAGCGCUUUCUGAUAUGUACAACAAAAUUACAGUUGUAAUGACUAAACAGUUUAAAGAGAAUCAUUUGAAUCUGUCUAACAAACAAAUAGAAUACCUGCUAAACAAAUUGCAGGCAGUUAAAAUAAAUAUUGGAAAUUUGCCAGAUAAUUUCAAUUUUACGCAAAUAAAUACAUUUUACCAGGAUAUACCCAAGUUGAGUAGCAGCAAUUAUUGCAAAAAUCAUUUAAUGUUAUUGAAACAUCGUUUUCGUAAAUCACUGGUCUAUACGCAAAACGAAACCUAUUCCCUGGGGACUGACAGUAAUACGGCUACUACUCCCAGCCUGCCCUUUUAUGUGCUUAACAAAAACAUGAUUGUCAUACCGGUGGCCAGUUUACAAUUCCCUUUGUACCACUAUCAGCUACCGCCUCUGGAACAGCUUUCGGUUUUUGGUUUCAUUAUGGCCCAUGAACUUACACAUGCCUUUGAUACAUGGGGCUUACAAUUUGACCAUCAAGGCUCCGAAUUGUUAACCCCGCCCGAUAUAUUAGAACAUGCUAAUUUCACGGCUUCAGUUAAGUGUAUGCGAGAGCAAGAGCCCACGAAAUACAUACAUGAACGUAUUGCUGAUCUCUUUGCCGUGCGUGUGGUGUACCGUACCUAUUUGGAAUAUUAUGCUGAGGGACGAGAGGAGGAUUGGAGCAAAAAAUUCUUUGAGAAUUUGGCACAAUUCUUUUGUGGCGAUAAUAAUCUACAAUUUAGUUAUCAUGACAGUGAUCCAGUGCGCUUGCGACAAAUUGUUAAGAAUUUUCCAGCAUUCGCCCGGACCUUUCAAUGUCCACAGGACAGUGCCAUGAAUUUGAAAAGUAAAUGUCGGCUAUAUUAAGUAAAGAAGGCAGCUGCAUCAGAACCUGAAAUUUGAAUGUACAUGACGAUUUUAUUUUAAACUUGAAAUAUAAUAAGUUUAGUUUAAGAAUAAAUUAUGCUAUUUUAAA